CGGGCCGUCGCCUCACCCGUCUGCAGCCACUCCCGGUCUCCGGCCUCAAGCUCGAGAGGACCAUGUGACUCUCCUGGGGCCAGUCACGUGACGCGCGGAUCCUGGGUGGGAGGGGUUGGCAGAGGGGUCCGGACUGGCAGUAAAGGAGGAAGAUGGCGGGGUGCAGGGGGUCCCUGUGCUGCUGCUGCCGGUGGUGUUGCUGCUGCGGUGAGCGUGAGACCCGCACCCCCGAGGAGCUGACCAUCCUUGGAGAAACGCAGGAGGAGGAUGAUGAGAUCCUUCCAAGGAAAGACUAUGAGAGUUUGGAUUAUGAUCGCUGUAUCAAUGACCCUUACCUGGAAGUUUUGGAGACCAUGGAUAAUAAGAAAGGCCGCAGGUAUGAGGCAGUGAAGUGGAUGGUGGUGUUUGGCAUUGGAGUCUGCACUGGGCUGGUGGGUCUCUUCGUGGACUUCUUCGUGCGCCUCUUCACCCAGCUCAAGUUUGGAGUGGUGCAGACAUCGGUGGAGGAGUGCAGCCAGAAAGGCUGCCUCGCCCUGUCACUCCUCGAACUUUUGGGUUUCAACUUGACCUUUGUCUUCUUCGCGAGCCUUCUGGUCCUCAUCGAGCCAGUGGCAGCAGGCUCUGGGAUCCCCGAGAUCAAAUGCUACCUGAAUGGGGUGAAGGUGCCCGGGAUCGUCCGUCUCCGGACCCUGCUCUGCAAAGUCUUUGGGGUGCUGUUCAGUGUGGCUGGAGGGCUCUUUGUGGGGAAGGAAGGCCCCAUGAUCCACAGUGGAGCCGUGGUGGGAGCUGGCCUCCCUCAGUUUCAGAGCAUCUCCUUACGGAAGAUCCAGUUUAACUUCCCCUAUUUCCGAAGUGACAGAGACAAGCGGGAUUUUGUAUCAGCCGGGGCGGCUGCCGGAGUCGCCGCAGCUUUCGGGGCUCCCAUUGGGGGCACCCUGUUCAGUCUGGAGGAGGGCUCGUCCUUCUGGAACCAAGGACUCACGUGGAAAGUGCUCUUUUGUUCCAUGUCUGCCACCUUCACCCUCAACUUCUUUCGUUCUGGGAUUCAGUUUGGAAGUUGGGGUUCCUUCCAGCUCCCUGGAUUGCUGAACUUCGGCGAGUUUAAGUGCUCUGACUCUGAUAAAAAAUGUCAUCUCUGGACAGCUAUGGAUUUGGGUUUCUUCGUCGUGAUGGGGGUCAUUGGGGGCCUCCUGGGAGCCACAUUCAACUGUCUGAACAAGAGGCUUGCAAAGUACCGUAUGCGAAACGUGCACCCGAAACCUAAGCUCGUCAGAGUCUUAGAGAGCCUCCUGGUGUCUCUGGUAACCACCGUGGUGGUGUUUGUGGCCUCGAUGGUGUUAGGAGAGUGCCGACAGAUAUCUUCUUCGAGUCAAAUCGGUAACGACUCGUCCCAGCUCCAGGCCACAUCAGAAGACGUGAAUUCAAGUAUCAAGACCUUUUUUUGUCCCAAUGAGACCUACAAUGACAUGGCCACACUCUUCUUCAAUCCCCAGGAGUCUGCCAUCCUUCAGCUUUUCCACCAGGAUGGUACUUUCAGCCCCAUCACUUUGGCCUUAUUCUUCGUCCUCUAUUUCUUGCUGGCAUGUUGGACUUAUGGCAUUUCUGUUCCAAGUGGCCUUUUUGUGCCUUCCCUUCUGUGUGGAGCUGCUUUUGGACGUUUGGUUGCCAAUGUCCUCAAAAGCUACAUUGGAUUAGGCCACAUCUACUCGGGGACCUUCGCCCUGAUUGGUGCCGCGGCUUUCUUGGGUGGCGUCGUCCGUAUGACCAUCAGUCUCACCGUCAUCCUGAUUGAGUCAACCAACGAGAUCACUUAUGGGCUUCCCAUUAUGAUCACCCUGAUGGUGGCCAAAUGGACAGGGGACUUUUUCAGUAAGGGCAUUUAUGAUAUCCACGUGGGCCUGCGAGGAGUGCCGCUCCUGGAGUGGGAGACAGAGGUGGAGAUGGACAAACUGAGAGCCAGCGACAUCAUGGAGCCCAACCUGACCUACGUCUACCCGCACACCCGCAUCCAGUCUCUGGUCAGCAUCCUGCGCACCACGGUCCACCACGCCUUCCCGGUGGUCACGGAGAACCGGGGCAAUGAGAAGGAGUUCAUGAAGGGCAACCAGCUCAUCAGCAACAACAUCAAAUUCAAGAAGUCCAGCAUCCUCACCCGAGCCGGCGAGCAGCGCAGACGGAGCCAGUCCAUGAAGUCCUACCCGUCGAGCGAACUGCGGAACAUGUGCGAUGAGCACGUCACCUCCGAGGACCCGGCCGAGAAGGAGGACCUCCUGCAGCAGAUGCUCGAGCGGAGAUACACUCCCUACCCCAACCUAUACCCUGACCAGUCCCCAAGUGAAGACUGGACCAUGGAGGAGCGCUUCCGCCCUCUGACCUUCCACGGCCUCAUCCUUCGGUCGCAGCUGGUCACGCUGCUCGUCCGAGGAGUUUGUUAUUCUGAAAGUCAGUCGAGUGCCAGUCAGCCACGCCUCUCCUACGCCGAGAUGGCCGAGGAUUACCCGCGGUACCCUGACAUCCACGACCUGGACCUGACGCUGCUGAACCCGCGGAUGAUUGUGGAUGUCACGCCAUAUAUGAACCCUUCGCCCUUCACCGUUUCACCGAACACCCACGUCUCCCAGGUGUUUAACCUGUUCAGAACGAUGGGCCUGCGGCACCUGCCUGUGGUCAACGCGGUGGGAGAGAUCGUUGGGAUCAUCACACGACACAACCUGACCUACGAGUUUCUGCAGGCCCGGCUGCGGCAGCACUACCAGACCAUCUGACGCCUCGGCUCAGCCUCGCUGCCGCGGGCCAGCCCUCCCUCUCCCAGAGCUGCCUGGGGAGGCAGCUCGCUUAUGGUCCACCGCCACAGCUGGCGGGGCUGUCCCAGGGCACGGAAGCUUCCCAGUCACCCCUUCUCUCAGAAAGCCUACAAUCAUCACACACUUUGCCAGUCAGAGAUCCUGGGGAUGGUACUGAGCCAUCAGAGCUUGGACUGGUCUGAAUGUCCCAGCAAGUGUCUUCCUUGUUCCUGCUCCCUGCAUUCCUGCUGUCAGUGUGGCACAGGCCCCCAGGGCCCCUACCCUGCUAGCGCCAGGACCAGAGGGGGAAGGCAGGCCUCGCCCACCAGGGGGACACCCAGAGCAGGUUUCCUGCCACCUCUUUGCUGCUUUCCUAGGGAGCCCAGCUAUUGCCUUAAACCGUUCCGGGAGGGGCUUUGGCCAAGGCAGACACUGGGGGGAGGCCAGGUGCAAAGUGAAGCGACUCACUGAGGUUAGGAAUUGGGCACCGGGAAAGUGGCCCAUGUGUCCGGGGGGCCUUCUGUCCUGCGUCUCAACUCGGCGUCUCCACCAGUUCACUUUAGGGGGCGUUCUGCCUCCUGGGUGGGAGCUGGCGCUGUGGUCUCCCUGCUGUGGUUUGAAUCUCCUUAUAAUCACCGCCCUCCAGAAGCACAAAGCACUGAAAUCCCGCUAGUCAUCUCUGAAGGGUAAACCUGACCGUGGUCGGAUUUGCGUCUGCCCUCCUUUAGCGUUUCAGCUUUCUCUGCUUCCCUCGUUGCUCAUGGUCUCCGGACACGUUUCCCCUCCUCGGCCCCUGGUCCUUUUCAUCUCCGUGAAUGACAAAUUUUCCUGAAGUUUUUGCCUCCCUCUUCUUGGUGAAGCAGCCGCAGGCCAGAGGAGCUCAGGGUCACCCCCCAAGUUAACUAGAAGCAGGGCGCCCCCAGGUAGAACUGCUCCGCUUCACUCCGGGGGUGGUGCAGUUAUCUCUAAGGUGGGAAGGAGGGAGUCCUGAGCCCAGGACCCCUGACUGCUGCGUGAUGGGUCCUGAGGAGCCGGUGUUGGGACAGAGCAGAGGGUCGCUUGAGGAAGAGGCGUCUGCCCUUCACAAGCGUCCCUCGCUCCCCUGCUGCUCGUCCCCUCGUCCCCUCGUCCCCAGCCUGCCGAGAGCUCAGAGGUGGAAACUUCAGGAGGGUCUGCGGUGCUGCCAGGGGCUGGGGGCGGGGGCGCCUGCCACACACGCCCUGAGCUUUCCUCAUUAAGCCUAGGAGCUCCGUCCGUCUGUGGUGACUGAGUUUCUCCCCGGCUGCUCGGUCGUCUCUCUGAACAGCACCCGGGUGAACAUUCAGGUGUCAGACACAGGCACUGACGUUCCUUUCACUUCUGUGCUCUCUGCUUUGUCAGCACCUUAGGCUGUCACACAGCCCUGGGGCGGAUGUGCUUUGGGACUCAGGAUGGCAUUCAUUUGCAGUUAGUGGGUGGUUUUAAUCAUGGGAGUCUCCUGAGGGCCUCGGUGCCUGGCCCUGGCUACACUGUUCUCCCCACUGCAGCCUCGCACCGACUUCCGUCGCCAAGACUGCCUUUCAGCCUGGGGGUCAGUCCCGGGGUUGCCAGCUCCCGUCCUGUGCUCAGCACACUCUGUUCCUCUUAAGUGAGGGGCUGCUUCAGGGUCUUUUCCAGCCAACUGCCGCCCCUUCUGUUCUCCCCGUUUUCUUAUCUCUCUGACUAAAAGUACUUUGACUUCUAAAUUUUUCAGCCUCCCUGGAUGUACUUGACUUGUGAAAUGUGGAUGAAAUGCCCAGUAAAUAGUUCAGGAAAUCUCAAGGACCAAAAGACAAGCCCUUGUAAACGUGAUUGCCUUCAGCCGGCUGCCGCUUUGUUGUAAGGCAGCGUUUAGAGCUUGGCUGCACUGUUUCCUCCUUUGCUGAGGAGGAAAGCAGUUGCCCAACUUAGGAGGCCAGCGUGACUGCCGUCACAGACACCGCGUCCCCUCUCCCCUCCCUCACUGAAGCCGGCAGAACAAAUGUCCUGCGGGAGGGCCUCUGGCCUCCAGGGGUCUGGGUCACUGGCCACUCGCCCCGCACGGGGCAGCUGAGUGCCGUUGGGGUUUACCCCUCGUGCGCAUUGUGUUGUGUUGCGUUUAAGUCACCAGAUAUUUUGUCCCCAUCCGUGUAACUCAGAGACAGAUGGUAGAAUCCAAACACUUCCCUCCCCCUGAACUGACUGAUGGCCGCAAGAAGGACCCACAGCCAGGCCCCCUGGAAGGGCCCGUUGUUUCCUGUUCUACUCUGUUGGCGUCUGCCCUUCCAGAUAAGCCCAAAGACAAGCACUGCUCCACUUGUAACAGAAUAAACUGUAAGCCUCGCUCCUUUGGUUUCGGAUGGUUAGAAACCCGCAUUUUCAACAUCGCACCUAUUAUUGACCCUAUCGCUUCCCGGUGAUACGGCACCUGGACAAACAAAAGCCCACGGAGGGGCUUGGAGUGGGUUAGAGGCGGUGUUCUGUGUCUCGUCUCCAGCUUGGCGGUUCAUGGGUGGGGGGCGAGAGUCCCUCUCGACUGCGGACCUUUGCUCUCUGGGGGAUGAUUUGCUCGUGACCUUGUUUAACUAAUGGUUCCUAGCGGGACUGGACACUUGCUUGCUUGACCCAGCCGACAAUAGGACAUUUGUGAUGCAAAAUUGCGCACUGACACGGCCCUCGGAGAGAGGAGAGCCCCGGGCGGCCGGAAGUGCCCUGGUGGCCUGCAGUAUUGAUGUGCAGUGUUACCCCGCGGCUCGUGGACCUCGGUCAUUUCCACAGUAGCAACUUCCUUUUUUCCAUUUGCACUGUUUGUUUAUACAGUAAUGUUAGCUAAUUCCACUGUGUAUAUAAAUUGUAUUUUUUUUAAUUUGUAAAAUUCUAUUUUUAUUUGAGCUUUUGAAACUUGGAAGUUCUUGUUGUAACCGUAACACGUCAGAAUAAAAUGUCCUCAUCUGUC